AUGGUACCUUCCACUCAUUCUGAGAAGAAAGAGAAUGUUGAGCGGGUCUUACAGUUUAUGUCGACCAACCACAUACGAAUGCAUCCAAUGAAAGCCAGUGAUAUUGUUGAAGGUAAUCUUAAGUGCAUUAUGAGAUUAGUCCUGGCAUUAGCAGCUCAUUUCAAACCAAAUUCUGUAAAACACCAAUCUGUUGCAGGAGUCAUAUCUCCAAACAGAGGCCGUUCUUUGGCAAGUAUAGCUCAGAGUGCUGCUGUUACCUUGGCAACGGCCCGCAGAUUUGUAUCAAGAGCCAACAAACAUGGAACAAGCUAUAGAGAUUAUGGACCUGGCUCUCAUUUGACAACUGAUCUAGCCUCGAUGCAAGCCAGAAUGAUGAGACUCAAGUCUCACCCUGCAAACAAACGGCCCCUCAGCACAGGUGACACAGGCGAUUUUGAUAUGGAUGGGAUGCCACGGAGUCGAUCAGCUGGAUUUAUCCACGACAGUGAAGACUCAGUGGAAUAUGGGCAGGACUGUUCUGUUGUUCUUGAUCAACAACAGUAUAAUGACCUGAUGAAAGAAUAUGAUGAUUUGGUUGACACAAUGAAACAAACAAAGAAAGAUAUCCUCAAGUUACAAGACUUGUUGUUGAAUGGGGAAACACAAGAUGGGGAAACACCACAAAUCAGUUCAGAUACUGAAUUUGAAGGCUAUUCUGUGACUGACCAAUUGGUUUUACUCCGCAGCAGGCUUCAGCAAUCAACUGAGGUUUGUACUGAAUUGCAAGAAGAACUCUCCAAGACAAAAUUGGAAUGCAGAGAGCUGUAUGGCAUCAAGGCUGGCCUACAACAGCGAUUGUCUGAACAGGAAUCAGCAUUAGCCAAUUCCAAAGCUGAAUCGUGCCGUGCAGGGUUAGAUUUGCAUAGUUUACAGUCAGAAAAAGCAAUGAUGCUGAAGAAAUUGGCUGAUAAAGAUAAGCAACUAAUGGAGUUGAAGAAAGAAGUUUCAAAGAAGGAUAAAGAAAUUGAAGAUUUACAAUUUGAAUUGAAUCCAGAAUUGUUGCAAGAGAAAGAUCCAUCAGGCCGUAAUCGGUGGUUUCAGGUUCGAUGCCUUCAAAGAUUACAGGCCAUACGCAGAACAGAGACUGAAAAAACUGGGGAAGAGGAAGAGAUUGAUGAAAUUCAGGUCCUUCAAGAUUCUGUACAGAAACUCCGCCGGUCUUUCAAUGACAAUGAUUGCGCUCAGUUGGCCACCCUGGACAAAUUAGAGCAAAAUGUUGUUAGUCUCAUAGAAAAAAUGCAUUAUGGAAACAUUGAUUUCUUGUGUACGCAGUCCCCAAGUACACAUUCUCGACGAAGGACUGCAAGUGCAUCUACUGAUCCUCGAAGUGAAGACGAGAGGCAAGGAAAUGUGCCGGAUACAAACUUGACACCAGCAAACCAACUUGAGCUUCAGUGUUCUUCAGUCUUCAUCGCAGCAGCAGCAGCAGUAAUCCAAUCAGAAACAAAAAUACUUUAUUAUAUUGACAACUCAGAAACUCCUUAUUUAAUUACAAUUCCAAAGAGAUUAGGCGAAAUCACACUCUUGGACUUUCGAAAACUUUGUGGACGAUCUGAAGAUUGCAGAUAUCAGUUUAAAGCACUUGAUCCAGAAUUUGGAACAGUCAAAGAAGAGUUGUCCAAUGACACAGAUUUAUUACCUGGCUGGGAAGGUAAAAUUGUGGCCUGGGUAGAGGAACGCAAGAGUUAA